GUCCUCUGUAUAAAACUCAUACAACCCCCCUCUUUGUUAACCUUCCUUACUCUCUUAAAACUGACCGUUUCUUCUCUCUCUCUCUAUACAUUUUCCCCCUUUAUUUCUUCUCUGUUCCUUUAUUUGAAUCCUCCUCGUCAAAUAACCAAUACUCUUUCGUACAGCUCCUUAGGCGUUGUUUAAAUAAAUUUUGUCUGGAAAAAAUGAAUCACUGUGCUAUUCAACAAAGCAAUUUUGCCGCUUGUGAAGAGAUGAUGAUGCGCUCAUAUUCCUCAAUUUCCGAUAAGAAGGACGCCGUUGUUUGCCCUAAGCCCCGCCGUCUCGGCGCCGGCCCUAUGAGACCUCUCAGAUGGCAUCAGCAAGACUUUUGUGAUUCAAGUUCUGGAGCUGAUUUAUUGGAUAUCAUCCUCACAAAGGGUGGUGGAGUUGAUCAACCAGCAGCACAAGUAGCCUCGUCGCCUCCAUUUUUUUGUGGGUCGCCGCCGAGCAGAGUAUCUAACCCUUUAAUUCAAGAUGCACGAUUUGGGGAUGAAAAGGUCACCCCAGUUUCACCACGGGCAAUACCAAUUCCCUCCGGAUUGGCUUCGUCCCCAUCGUCUUCCGCCAGGAAAGGCGGAUGUGUGAGCAGGGCGAAUUUUGGCCACAAUCCGGCUGUGAGAGUUGAGGGUUUCGAUUGCCUUGACAGGGAUCGUCGUAAUUGCAGCAUCCCUGCUUUGGCUUAAGAAAAAACCUGAAUACCAAUCCAAUACUGAGAAAAGUACAUAGAGGAAACUUGAAGUUACACGAACGAGUCAUCAACUUUUGUUUUAACUAGCGGCAGCAGAAGAGUUUGAAGAUUUUCGUCGACUGAGAAACUGAAGAAAGAUCCUUUUGGCUAGUGUAAAUAUGUCCAAAGGGUCUAUGUAAGUAAAUUGUAAUAUAAUGUCUUUGUCUCUGUAAGUAAAUGGGAGUCGUUAUUAACAAAGUAAUUAGAGGUGGUCCUGACCCUGUUGUAAUGAUGUAAGUAUGUGCUGGGGUCGUGAAUGUCAAUAUGGGAGCCGUAAUCGAAGAGAUUUUGUAAAGAGAAGGAAAAAUUAGGUGUGGAGUGGAAUCAAUUCACUUUGUAAAUGUAAGAUAUAUAAAAAUCGUUUACGGCUUUGAUUCUUGCGUUGCA